AUGGGGGACUUGCUUCUUGAAAGAGUAACACCGUCAUUGCCGUUCCUCAACACAGGAGUAGAUCUAUGUGGACCGUUCCAGUAUCCCAAAGCUAAGAAGGCACCUCCAAUAAAAUGUUUCGUAGCCAUUUUCGUCUGCCUUGUCACCAAGGCAGUGCAUAUGGAGCUGGUCUAUGACCUCUCCACUUCGGCGUUCAAGGCAGCGCUGCAUCGGUUCAUUGCUCGAAGAGGAAAGCCAAGUCUCAUAGAGUGUGAUAACGCUACAAACUUCCGAGGAGCAGCAAGGGAAUUAAAGGAAUUGGGCAAACAGUUUCGUUCGCAACAGCACCAGGAUGGAAUAGUCCAUCAAUGUGCGGACCGAGGUAUAAACUUCAAGUUCAUACCGCCCCGCAGUCCAAACUUCGGCGGUCUGUGGCAGUUAAGUCCUUUAAGAAUCGCUUCCGUCGGAAACUCGGCGCUCUCUCAGGACGAAUUCGUCACUCUGCUAGCUCGCAUCGAAGCCUGCUUGAACUCGCAGCCGCUGACGCCGUUCUCUUCCGACCCGAACGACCUCGAAGUGCUCACUUCGAGACACUUCCUCGUUCACCGUCCGCUCACUUGCUUCCCUGAACCAGACAGCAGAAUCAAGAACUUCUCCGGCGAAUCUGGAAACGGUGGGCAGCAGAUUACCUGUCUGGCCUCCAUCCACGAACCAAGUGGACACGCAUUCGGGACAACGUUAACAUUGGAACGAUGGUGUUUCUAA